CCCCUUUGACCCUUCGCUCGCGUGCUACACAUCCGGGCCUCUGCUACUAGUGAGAGGAAGAUGGCGGCCGCGGCUGUGGUGGUUCCUGCAGAGUGGAUAAAGAACUGGGAGAAAUCAGGGAGAGGCGAAUUUUUGCAUUUAUGUCGGAUCCUCAGUGAAAAUAAAAGCCAUGAUAGUUCGACGUAUAGAGAUUUCCAGCAAGCUCUCUAUGAGUUGUCAUAUCAUGUAAUUAAAGGAAAUUUAAAGCAUGAACAGGCAUCUAAUGUUCUUAAUGACAUUAGUGAAUUUCGUGAGGAUAUGCCCUCCAUUCUUGCUGAUGUAUUCUGCAUAUUAGAUAUUGAGACAAAUUGUUUAGAAGAAAAAAGCAAGAGAGACUAUUUUACACAGUUGGUAUUAGCAUGUUUGUAUUUAGUUUCAGACACAGUUUUAAAGGAACGCCUGGAUCCAGAAACACUGGAAUCAUUAGGGCUUAUCAAACAAUCACAGCAAUUCAAUCAAAAGUCAGUUAAAAUCAAGACAAAACUCUUUUAUAAGCAGCAAAAAUUCAAUUUGUUAAGAGAAGAGAAUGAAGGUUAUGCCAAGCUGAUUGCCGAAUUGGGGCAAGAUUUAUCUGGAAGUAUUACUAGUGACUUAAUCUUAGAAAAUAUCAAAUCUUUAAUAGGAUGCUUUAAUCUGGAUCCCAAUAGAGUUUUGGAUGUCAUUUUAGAAGUGUUUGAAUGCAGGCCAGAACACGACGACUUCUUUAUAUCUUUGUUAGAAUCUUACAUGAGUAUGUGUGAACCGCAAACACUGUGUCAUAUUCUUGGGUUCAAAUUCAAGUUUUACCAGGAACCAAAUGGCGAGACACCAUCAUCUUUAUACAGAGUUGCAGCAGUACUUCUGCAAUUUAAUCUUAUUGAUUUAGAUGAUCUUUAUGUACAUCUUCUUCCAGCUGAUAAUUGCAUUAUGGAUGAACAUAAACGAGAAAUUGCAGAAGCUAAGCAAAUUGUUAGAAAGCUUACGAUGGUUGUGUUGUCUUCUGAAAAAAUGGAUGAGCGAGAGAAAGAAAAGGAAAAAGAAGAGGAGAAAGUAGAGAAGCCACCUGAUAACCAAAAACUUGGCUUGUUGGAAGCCUUAUUAAAGAUUGGUGAUUGGCAACAUGCACAGAACAUUAUGGAUCAGAUGCCUCCAUACUAUGCAGCUUCACACAAGCUAAUAGCCCUUGCUAUUUGCAAGCUCAUUCAUAUAACUAUUGAGCCUCUCUACCGAAGAGUUGGUGUUCCUAAAGGUGCUAAAGGCUCACCUGUUAAUGCUUUGCAAAACAAGAGGGCACCAAAACAAGCUGAGAGCUUUGAAGAUUUGAGGAGAGACGUGUUCAAUAUGUUCUGUUACCUUGGUCCUCACCUUUCUCACGAUCCCAUUUUAUUUGCAAAAGUGGUGCGCAUAGGCAAGUCAUUUAUGAAGGAGUUUCAGUCUGAUGGAAGCAAACAAGAAGAUAAAGAAAAAACGGAAGUUAUCCUUAGCUGUUUGCUUAGCAUUACUGACCAGGUACUACUUCCAUCUCUUUCUUUGAUGGACUGCAAUGCUUGUAUGUCUGAGGAACUAUGGGGAAUGUUUAAAACAUUUCCAUAUCAGCAUAGAUACCGUCUGUAUGGCCAGUGGAAGAAUGAAACUUAUAACAGUCACCCACUUUUAGUAAAAGUUAAAGCUCAAACAAUAGACAGAGCCAAAUAUAUCAUGAAGCGCCUAACCAAGGAAAAUGUGAAGCCUUCUGGAAGACAAAUUGGGAAGUUGAGCCACAGCAAUCCAACCAUUUUGUUUGAUUAUGUAUGUUUUGAGAUCUUGUCACAAAUACAAAAGUAUGAUAACUUAAUAACACCUGUAGUAGAUUCAUUGAAAUACCUCACUUCAUUGAAUUAUGAUGUCUUGGCCUAUUGUAUCAUUGAAGCUUUAGCUAAUCCAGAAAAGGAAAGAAUGAAACAUGAUGACACAACCAUCUCAAGCUGGCUUCAGAGUCUGGCUAGUUUCUGUGGUGCAGUUUUUCGUAAAUAUCCAAUUGAUCUUGCUGGUCUUCUUCAGUAUGUUGCCAAUCAGCUAAAGGCGGGCAAAAGUUUUGACCUGCUUAUAUUGAAAGAAGUGGUGCAAAAAAUGGCAGGAAUAGAAAUUACAGAGGAAAUGACAAUGGAGCAACUAGAGGCUAUGACUGGUGGAGAGCAGCUAAAAGCUGAGGGUGGUUAUUUUGGUCAGAUCAGAAACACUAAAAAAUCCUCUCAGAGAUUAAAGGAUGCUCUAUUGGACCAUGAUCUUGCCCUUCCUCUCUGUCUGCUUAUGGCUCAGCAGAGAAAUGGGGUAAUCUUUCAGGAAGGUGGAGAGAAACAUUUGAAACUUGUGGGAAAGCUCUAUGACCAGUGUCAUGAUACCCUGGUGCAGUUUGGUGGGUUUUUAGCAUCUAAUCUGAGCACAGAAGAUUAUAUAAAGCGAGUGCCUUCAAUUGAUGUACUCUGUAAUGAAUUUCAUACACCCCAUGAUGCAGCAUUUUUCCUGUCUAGGCCAAUGUAUGCGCAUCAUAUUUCGUCAAAGUAUGAUGAACUUAAAAAAUCAGAAAAGGGAAGUAAACAGCAACAUAAAGUUCAUAAGUACAUUACAUCAUGUGAGAUGGUGAUGGCGCCUGUCCAUGAAGCAGUGGUCUCCUUACAUGUUUCCAAAGUCUGGGAUGACAUCAGCCCUCAAUUCUAUGCCACAUUCUGGUCAUUGACAAUGUAUGACCUUGCAGUUCCACACACCAGCUAUGAACGAGAAGUCAAUAAACUUAAAGUCCAGAUGAAAGCAAUUGAUGACAAUCAGGAAAUGCCCCCAAAUAAAAAGAAAAAAGAGAAGGAGCGCUGUACUGCCCUUCAGGACAAGCUUCUUGAAGAAGAAAAGAAACAGAUGGAACAUGUACAGAGAGUUCUACAGAGAUUGAAACUGGAAAAGGACAACUGGCUUUUAGCAAAAUCUACCAAAAAUGAGACCAUCACAAAAUUUCUACAGCUGUGUAUAUUUCCUCGAUGUAUUUUUUCAGCAAUUGAUGCCGUUUACUGUGCUCGUUUUGUUGAAUUGGUACAUCAACAGAAAACUCCAAAUUUUUCCACACUUCUUUGCUAUGAUCGAGUUUUCUCUGACAUAAUUUACACAGUUGCAAGCUGUACUGAAAAUGAAGCCAGUCGAUAUGGAAGGUUUCUGUGCUGCAUGUUAGAGACUGUGACCAGGUGGCAUAGUGAUAGAGCCACAUAUGAAAAGGAAUGUGGAAACUAUCCAGGAUUCCUUACCAUAUUACGGGCAACUGGUUUUGAUGGUGGAAAUAAGGCUGAUCAAUUAGACUAUGAAAAUUUUCGACAUGUUGUACAUAAAUGGCAUUACAAACUAACCAAGGCAUCGGUACAUUGCCUUGAAACAGGCGAAUAUACUCACAUCAGGAAUAUCUUGAUUGUGCUAACAAAAAUACUUCCUUGGUACCCAAAAGUUUUGAAUCUGGGUCAAGCUUUGGAAAGAAGAGUACACAAAAUCUGCCAAGAAGAAAAAGAGAAGAGGCCAGAUCUAUAUGCAUUGGCUAUGGGUGUUGAAGUUUAUCUUCUGCCUUCAGGAGAUUAUGGGAGAUUAUGCGAUCAUGUUCCCACAGGCUGCUACUCUGGGCAGUUGAAAAGUAGAAAGUCAUACAUGAUACCUGAAAAUGAGUUUCAUCACAAAGACCCCCCUCCGAGGAAUGCAGUUGCCAGUGUGCAAAAUGGGCCUGGUGGUGGGCCUUCUUCAUCAUCAAUAGGAAGUGCAUCUAAAUCGGAUGAAAGCAGUACUGAGGAGACUGAUAAAUCAAGGGAGAGAUCUCAGUGUGGUGUGAAAGCUGUUAAUAAAGCUUCUAGCACCACACCUAAAGGGAAUUCAAGCAAUGGAAAUAGUGGCUCUAACAGCAACAAAGCUGUUAAAGAAAAUGACAAAGAAAAAGGGAAAGAGAAAGAAAAAGAGAAAAAAGAAAAGACUCCAGCUACUACUCCAGAGGCCAGGGUACUUGGUAAAGAUGGUAAAGAAAAACCAAAGGAAGAGCGGCCAAAUAAAGAUGAAAAAGCAAGAGAGACCAAGGAAAGAACGCCAAAGUCUGACAAAGAGAAAGAAAAAUUCAAGAAGGAAGAAAAAGCUAAAGAUGAGAAAUUUAAGACCACUGUCCCCAACGCAGAAUCAAAAUCAACUCAAGAAAGGGAAAGAGAGAAGGAGCCAUCCAGAGAAAGAGAUAUAGCAAAGGAAAUGAAAUCAAAGGAAAAUGUUAAAGGAGGAGAAAAAACGCCAGUUUCUGGGUCCUUGAAAUCACCGGUUCCCCGAUCAGAUAUUCCAGAGCCUGAAAGGGAACAAAAACGCCGCAAAAUUGAUACCCACCCUUCUCCAUCACAUUCCUCCACAGUAAAGGUUACAGCCAUACUUCCCAAAGUUCCUCUGGGUUCUGAGAACUAUGCCAGCUCACCUGUCAUCUCCAUUCAUUUUCUACAGGACAGUCUCAUCGAACUCAAGGAAUCUUCAGCAAAGCUCUACAUUAAUCAUACUCCUCCACCACUGUCCAAGAGUAAGGAGAGAGAAAUGGACAAGAAAGAUUUGGACAAGUCAAGGGAAAGAUCCAGAGAAAGAGAGAAAAAAGAUGAAAAGGACAGGAAAGAGCGGAAAAGGGAUCACUCAAACAACGACCGUGAAGUGCCACCGGACUUAACCAAGCGACGUAAAGAGGAGAAUGGAACAAUGGGGGUUUCAAAACAUAAAAGUGAAAGUCCUUGUGAAUCUCCUUAUCCAAAUGAGAAAGACAAGGAAAAAAAUAAGUCAAAAUCUUCAGGCAAAGAAAAAGGCAGUGAUUCAUUUAAAUCUGAGAAGAUGGAUAAAAUCUCCUCCGGUGGCAAAAAGGAGUCCAGGCAUGAUAAAGAAAAGAUAGAAAAGAAAGAGAAACGGGACAGUUCAGGAGGAAAGGAAGAGAAGAAACAUCAUAAGUCCUCGGACAAGCACAGAUAAUAAAGACUUUCCAUCAAGGCUAUGGACAGACCCCCUAAGCUGAAAGUCUCCCAGAGGAGGAUGCCAAAGCUCCGUGCGUCACUCUCAGAACGAUAUAUCCUAUAAUUAAGAGCUUCUGGUGCUGUCCAUUUAAUGGGAAUCUGCUUUAAGUCAGAAGAUGAAUACACACCACCAUCCUCUUGACGAGACAUUCCAAAGUCACUGAUUUUCAGAACAUUAUUUUCACCUCCAGGCAGUUUCUUGCAGCAAGGUCCCUGUGUAUACAUUUUUUACUCGAGAUACGCCAUCCAGAAUCAGCAUCUAAUGAAAAUUUCACUAACUGAGUUUUAGUUCAUUCUUCUUUCUCAGAAAGGAGAGGAAAUCGCCUCCUGGAACCAGUUCCUUAAUGAUGUAGAUAGGCCGUCUUUGUGUGCGAACUCCUAUACGUUUGACAGUACUGGGGUGAUUAUAUUGCUUGAGGAUUUUGGCUUCUAGUAAAAAUUUUAAUUUCAGUUCCUGGGGAAGAUGUUCUUGACAUAUUUUAACAGCAACAGCAAUUUUAUCCUUUAAUGUGCCCUUAAAUGUGUCACCAAAAUGUCCCUUGCCAAGUAAUUCUUGUAAUGUGACACCUUUAUGAUUGAGAGCCCAUUUCUUAUUCUCCUAGUUACGACCACACUGUGAUACCAUAAUGCUCUUAAUUGGAACAUUGACUUUUUUUGCAAUUUAAACAAUUGGGAUAAAAUUCAUAUAACUUCAAAUUUGCCUUUUACUUUUAUUUUAUUUUAUUUUAUUUUUUUUUGAGACCAAGUCUCGCUCUUGUCUCCCAGGCUGGGGUGCAGUGGCGCGAUCUCGGCUCACUGCAACCUCUGCCUCCUUCCUGGGUUGAAGCAAUUCUCCUUCCUCAGCCUCCUGAGUAGCUGGGACUACAGGCGUGCACCGCCACGCCUGGCUAAUUUUUGUAUUUUUAGUAGAGAUAGGGGUUUCACCAUGUUAGCCAGGAUGGUCUCGAUCUCCUGACCUGGUGAUCUACCCACCUUGGCCUCCCAAAGUGUUGGGAUUACAGGCGUGAGCCACCACGCCCGGCCUCAGAUUUGCCAUUUUAAAGUGUACAAUUCAGUGGUUUUUAGUAUAUCCGCUGUGUUGUGCAAGCAUCACUGCUGUCUAAUUCCGGAACAUUUCUAUCACCCCAAGAAGAAACUCCAUGCCUAUUAGCAGUCACUCCCAAUUCUUCCCUUCCUCAGCCCCUGGAAAUUAGUAAUGUACUUUCUGUUUCUAUGAUUUUGCCUGUUUUGGACAUUUCAUUUAAAUGGAAUUAUGCAAUAAUUUGUGGCCUUUUGUGUUUGGCUUUCACUUAGCAUCAUGUUCUCAAGGCUCAUCCAUGUUGUGGCAUGUAUCAACUCCAUUCCUUUUUAUGACUAAAUGAUGUUUCAUUGUAUGAGUGUGUACCACAUUUUAUUUAUCCAUUCAGCAAUUAAUGGACAGGAACAAUGGCUUUUAAGUAUUAAAUUGUAAGUUCAACAUUAAAUGUAUCCACAGUUAUUGAUAAUGUCAAGAUUAUACAUGGUGUGAACAGAAUGCUGUGUAGAAAUGAUAUGUAAAUUAUUUGUCAGCAUUUCAUGUAAGUGUGAUUAUUUUCUAAGGACCCUUCUAGCCCUGGUUUUAAGAAAUAUGUGAAUGUAGUAUUUUCAUCAAUAAAGUUUAAUGCAUUAAGCAUUAGCUUAAAAUUUGAAUGAAGGCAGAUGUGAAGAUAUUUGCCACAUGUUGUAAUAAUCAUGUUUUGAAAUUAUUUCAAUAUGAAGUAUUUGAAAAAUGUCAAUACAUAAAGGAAAGGAAAUGAGUAUAAUUAAGUCAAUAUAUUUUUUAAGCAAUUUUUAUAAUUUAGCAGACACUGCAUCUUAAUAUAAGUUACUAUUAAAAUUGUGUCCUUGUGAAAAA